AUGCCAGCAGCGACAGGGGCGCGGGCUGCAGAGAGAGAGGCUGUAUUGCUUCUUGGCCGCCCUCUGGCUAGCCCCAUGCGGCCGGCGACUCUGGUGUCUGCAGGGCCCUCUGCGCCUGGUGCCGCUUAUUCGAGCGUGUGCCAGCGUCAAAUGCGAUCAAGCUUCUGCCAUCUGGAGAGACGAGCCCAGCCUGUCAUCUGGCAGGCUCCCGCUGCCUUGAAGAGCCACAAGAUCUGGGACCAGCGACUCACGGCAUCAUCCAUCGACAGGAGCAGCCUCAUGCGAUAUCAGCAACGCAGUACAGACGGCACCCAAGCUUGUCCAUCUGCUUCACCUCUCCUCCCUUCCAGGGCCAAGGCCGUGAUACAGGCGCAGGCCUCGACGAUCGCCCUUCUAGCGCGCUCCUUCCCCGGCAAGAUGCCCAUCUCCCCCAUCCCCGAGCGCCCCUCUAAGCGCAGCAUUCACGGCCUGCAUCCAAUCACGCUCUGCCAUCCACCUUCUUCACACCACUCGCCAGAGCCUUGGAAUCCUUCUCUUCUCCGCUCUGUCUUACAGCAGCCCCUCAUAUGA